AUGCAAGAACCACCAGCACCAUCAGCCACAACAGCACCAGUGAUGCCAAUGCCAACACCUAUCCAGACAGCACUAGCCUUGGCACCUAGUUUUACACCAGCACCAAAUGCUGUGGCACCAACAGCACCAAUGCCAAUACACACACCAACACCAAUGCAGACACAAGCACCAACACACACACCAGCAGCCACAACAGCACCAGAGCCCACAACAGCACCAACCCCAGCACCAGCAGUAGUGUCAAUCCAAGCACCAGUACCAACACCCACAACAGCACCAGAACCCAUAACAGCACCCACGCCAAUCCCAUCUAUGCUAAUACCAACACCAUUAGCGUUGCCGAACCCAGCACCCACGAAUUUUGCAGCACCUAUUGCACCAUUAGGUUUUCGGAAUAACGAGAUAACUCAGCAACAAAAGGUCAUGUAUAUGUAA